AUGGGGGACGUUCACAAGACCAAGCGGAUGGUCUCCGUCAUUGCGGGCACGUUAGUAGCUCUAGCUUGUGGUACCAACUAUGCCUAUUCAGCAUGGGCACCUCAAUUCAGCACCCGCAUGAAGACCACAUCCACCGAAACCAACUUCAUCGGCGCAGCUGGAAACCUGGGCAUGUAUGCGUCGGGAAUUCCUCUAGGAUUGUUGACGGAUGCGAAGGGUCCUCGAUUGACGACGUUCAUCGGCGCGAUAACCCUUGGCAUAGGGUAUUACCCCAUAUACUCAGGUUCGUCUGGUCUUCUGAAGACGGAGGUGAUCGAUCGCAGUGCGCUGACAAGCGUCAACAAUAUAGCAUAUGAGCAUGGACCAGGCUCUUUGGGUGUCGGCCUGUUGUCAUUCUUCGCAUUUCUCACCGGUUUCGGAAGUUCCUCAGCCUUUUCAGCUUCCAUCAAGACAGCGGCGUCAAACUUUCCUACACAUCGAGGAACGGCCACGGCGUUCCCCUUGGCCGCCUUCGGUCUCAGCGCCUUUUUUUGGUCGACCAUAUCUGCGGUCAUCUUCAAGGAUGACACCGGGCGGUUCCUCCUCUUACUGGCAAUCGGAACCUGCAUUUUGAACCUCAUCUCCAUUCCUAUGAUCCAGAUCGUGCCGCCGUACGAGCCUUAUAGUUCCGUGUCGCGAGGCCGAUCACCCGGGGUGGAGUCUAGGCGGUUGCUCAAAACCAAGUCCUCCGACCUGCGAUCCAACCAUGAUGACUCCGAUCUAGCAGGUACGCAGAGCUCUGAUGCCUUUGAUGCCCCACCAUCCUCGCAGCAUGAAAGAUCACCAUCCGCCGCGUCGAACAACCAUGCUGCUUCUGGCCACAAAUCCGACCUUGAUGAGACGUCAUCAUUGGUGUCGAAAGCCAACUCGAGAACUUCUCGGGAUUCCCAUCAUGACCACGACGCGGACGAUGACGAUGAUGCUCUCUCUGACGUUGUCCCUGACUCACCUCACCCAGACAUUAGAGGAUUGGCGAUGCUGCCUAGGAUUGAAUUUUGGCAGUUGUUCUUGACAAUGGCGCUUUUGUCUGGUAUCGGAUUGAUGACUAUCAAUAACAUCGGCAACAGCACCAAGGCACUCUGGACGUACUACGACGAUAGUGCCAGCUCCAAGUUUAUUCAGCAGCGGCAGGUAAUGCACGUGUCCGUGCUCUCUUUUGGCAACUUCAUUGGUCGCCUCUCAAGUGGAAUUGGAUCCGACGUGCUAGUUAAAAAACUAGACAUGUCUCGAUUCUGGUGUCUGUUCAUCUCGGCCGUCGUUUUCACUCUGACACAACUUGCCGGGUCGACGAUAUCUAAUCCUCAUCAACUUGUGGUGGUCUCCGGCUUUACCGGUGUUGCCUACGGCUUUUUGUUCGGCGUCUUCCCGUCUCUCGUUGCGCACACAUUCGGAAUUGGCGGACUCUCCCAAAAUUGGGGCGUUAUGACCCUCGCCCCGGUCUUCAGCGGAAACAUCUUCAACCUGCUCUACGGCAGCAUCUUUGACCGACACUCCGUGGUGGGCGACGACGGCGACCGCGAUUGUCCCGACGGUCUUGGUUGCUACCAAGCCGCCUACUACACGACCUUCUUCUCGGGUCUUGCGGGAGUCAUCGUCUGUCUAUGGAGCAUCAUGCGGGAGAAGCGUAUCCAUAGCGCGGAACUUCGCAAAAAAGUCGAGCACGAUCGCCUAGCUUGA